UUUUUUUUUCUUAAAGCAUUGUUCUUAUGGUAGGUCUUAAUUUUUCUUCUUUAUAUGGCAGAAGCAAUUAAUUGUUAAUUUGAAAAUAGAAGAGAAAGCAAAACCAGAGGUUAUUGCUCACUUUUGUAAGCUAAAGCUCUCAACUUUUGACAUUUUCUGCAAGUUUUCUCAGGUUAUUGCGGUAUCCAAGAAGGACAAUUAAGUCAUUUUCAAUUAUGAUUGGGUGACUUCUGUUUGUAGUUCUUGGUUUUAGUUUAGGCAUGGAGUUCAGAUUUCACUUAUGCCAAAUUGAAACCAGAAGAUGGCUUCUGGUAGUAGGAGCUGUGGCUAUUACUCAUGUACUCUUUCAGUUUCUAUUGCUUCCCUAUGGAAAUGCUCUUAGGUCAUUAUUGCCGAAUAGUAAUGAUCCGUUUUAUGAUAAAAGUAGCUCCCGAGUUGUACUAACUUCCGCUAAAUCGGUAAUGGUACGGAAUCCUCUCACUAUUGAUGCUUCGAGUUUGAGUAAUGGUUCUGCAGCUGAUGUUAGUUUGAUUGUUAAAGAUGAUAUUGUUUCUGGUGGUAGCGGUGAUGGUAGUGGAUUGAAGAGAAAUACUGGAGAGGCGGAGAAUGAUUUUGUGUUGGAUGAUGAAGAUGUCGAGAAUCCUAUUGAGCUUGUUGUGGAUAAUGUGGGAGACGUUGACGGUUUUGUGUCUGAUGAAGAGGAUUUGGAUAACCCUAUUGAGCUUGUUGUGGAUGGGGUUGUGGAUAAUGAUUUCCUAAAGAGCAAUGGGAUCGAAAGUAAUUCUAGCAUUGAAUUGGCUAGUGAAACCGAAAGUCGCAUUCAUCUUGAUCAAAGUUUGAAAUCAAAGGAUGACAUGUUGGGUGGCAGUAUCCUAAAUGGUGACACAAAUCUGAUUCAUAAAGUGUUAGGGCAUGCAAAUAUUAGUUUGAAAUCACCAACUGCACAAUUCCGCUUGAAAAAUGCUUCCGCAGCUUCAAAAACUGACUCUGCAAAACCUGGCAAAAAAAAGAUGAAGUGUGAGAUGCCUCCAAAAUCAAUAACAUCCAUACAUGAGAUGAACCAGAUACUAGCGCGACAUCGCCGGUCUUCACGUGCAAUGAGACCAAGAUGGUCGUCUCCACGUGAUCGUGAGAUUCUAGAUGCAAGGACCCAGAUUGAAAAUGCUCCUGUUGUAGUAAAUGAUCGAGAUCUUUAUGCUCCUCUAUUUCGAAAUGUUUCCAAGUUUAAAAGGAGUUACGAACUUAUGCAGCGGAUACUUAAGGUCUAUAUUUAUAAGGAUGGCAAGAAACCCAUCUUUCACCUACCGAUAAUGAAAGGAUUGUAUGCCUCAGAGGGAUGGUUUAUGAAAUUGAUGCAGGGAGACAAACAUUUUACGGUAAAAGAUCCUCGAAGGGCUCACUUGUUUUACAUGCCAUUCAGUUCGAGGAUGCUGGAGUACACCCUUUAUGUGCGAAACUCUCAUAAUAGGACAAAUCUACGCCAAUAUUUGAAGGAAUACUCGGAGAAAAUUGCAGCUAAAUAUCCUUUCUGGAACAGAACUGAUGGAGCAGAUCAUUUUCUUGUAGCUUGCCAUGAUUGGGCUCCAUAUGAAACAAGGCACCAUAUGGAACAUUGCAUAAAAUCCCUCUGCAAUGCCGAUGUAACUGCGGGCUUCAAAAUAGGGAGAGAUGUAUCGCUUCCCGAAACCUACGUCCGAUCAGCCAGAAACCCUCUGAGAGACCUCGGGGGAAAACCACCUUCUCAGAGGCACAUUCUUGCCUUCUAUGCUGGUAGUAUGCACGGUUAUCUGAGACCGAUCUUGCUGAAUUACUGGAAAGACAAAGACCCUUCGGUCAAAAUAUUCGGUCCUAUGCCUCCUGGUGUUGCUAGCAAAAUGAACUACAUUCAACACAUGAAGAGCAGCAAGUACUGUGUCUGCCCCAAGGGCUACGAGGUCAACAGUCCGAGGGUCGUCGAAGCCAUCUUUUACGAAUGUGUGCCUGUAAUUAUAUCAGACAAUUUUGUGCCGCCAUUUUUCGAUGUCUUGGAUUGGGGAGCGUUUUCAUUAAUCCUUGCGGAGAAGGAUAUUCCGAACCUAAAAGAAAUAUUGCUUUCGAUACCGGAAGAGAAAUAUCUCGAAAUGCAGCUUCGAGUGAGGAAGGUUCAGCGACAUUUUCUGUGGCAUAAUCCUCCGAUGAAGUAUGAUCUGUUUUACAUGACUCUUCAUUCUAUCUGGUACAAUAGAGUGUAUCAGAUAAAACCAAGAUAAGAAUGGCAGUGACCUUGCGUUGCUAAAUUUGAGAAAUAAUGUUUAUAUCAUGUUAGUGUCGGUUACUCUGUAUGUAUAUAAUUUAUUAACUGUUUUCCUCUUGUACAGAGAAUUUUGAAAUUGGAGGUUCAUUUGGUA